GCAGCUCUGCCCUAUUCUCUGCUCCUCCUCUGUGUCUCCAGUGACAAAAUGACCUGCUGGAGGAGGAGAGGGAUGACGGGCUGAAUCCCGGUGCCGGGCGCGGGGCUGGUGAUGCUGCCGGAGGAUGCUGAGGGGCAGCAGCCAUGGCUGCACGAGGCCGGCGCACCAAGGUGCUCCCCUCCGAGCUGAACAAGGUGUGCCCUGAGAAGGGAGACGACUCUGCCACGCACCCCAAGAAGAUGAGUGACUUCGAGGUGGUCCCCAACCUCCAGCAGAGCAGCAGCAGUGUCUCGAGGAGCAGGAGGAAGGCGCAUUUCCCCACCGGCAGCAAAGAAAAGGAAAACCUCAUCUCGUGGAUUCCUGAAAACAUCCGGAAGAAGGAGUGCACCUACUUUGUUGAAAGCUCCCAGACCUCAGAUUCUGGGAGGGUCGUGUGCGAGUGUGGCUAUCUCAGGGAACAGCACCUGGAAGAUGCUGCCAAACCUCCCAUCUUCCUGGGAAAGGAAUGGGAUCCCAGCAGGCACAUCCAGGAAAUGCCAACAGAUGCCUUCGGUGACAUCCACUUCACAGGCCUGGGACAGAAGAUGGGGAAGUAUGUGCGUGUCUCCUCGGAUACCCCCCCACGGGUCAUCUACCACCUCAUGACACAGCACUGGGGCCUUGAUGCCCCCAACCUGCUCAUCUCGGUCACUGGGGGAGCCAAAAACUUCACCAUGAAGCCAAGGCUGAAGAACAUCUUCCGGCAAGGGCUGGUCAAAGUGGCCCAGACCACUGGGGCCUGGAUCAUCACGGGGGGGUCCCACACCGGUGUGAUGAAGCAGGUGGGAGAGGCGGUGCGAGACUUCCUGCUGAGCUGCAGCCACAAGGAGGGCGAGAUCGUCACCAUCGGCAUCGCCACCUGGGGGACCGUCUACAACCGGGAGAGCCUGGUCUGCCCCCUGGGUGGCUUUCCAGCUGAGUACAUACUGGAUGAGGAGAACCAAGGCAGCCUGUCGUGCCUGGACAGCAACCACUCUCACUUCAUCCUGGUGGAUGAUGGGACCCACGGGAGGUAUGGGGUGGAAAUCCCCCUGAGGACCAGACUGGAGAAGUUCAUUUCUGAGCAGACCAAGGUGAAAGGAGGCGUGGCCAUCAAGAUCCCCAUCGUGUGCGUGGUGCUGGAAGGAGGCCCUGGGACACUUGAUACCAUCUACAAUGCCAUCACCAACGGGACCCCCUGUGUGAUUGUGGAAGGCUCUGGGCGUGUGGCUGAUGUCAUUGCUCAGGUGGCCAGCCUGCCUGUGCCCAAGAUAACUGUUGCCUUGAUCCAGAAGAAGCUGAGCAUGUUCUUCCACGACGCCUACGAUCUCUUCACCGAGGCCAAGCUGGUGGAGUGGACCAAGAAGAUCCAAGACAUCGUGAGGAGCCAGGAGCUCCUGACCAUUUUCAGAGAGGGCAAAUAUGGCCAGCAGGACGUGGACGUGGCCAUUCUCCAGGCUCUGUUCAAAGCAUCCCGAAACCAGGACCAUUUUGGCCGUGAGAACUGGGACCACCAGCUGAAGUUAGCUGUGGCCUGGAACAGGGUGGACAUUGCUCGGAGUGAGAUCUUCACUGAUGACCACGAGUGGAAGCCCACAGAUCUCCACCCUGUGAUGGCAGCUGCCCUGAUCUCCAACAAGCCAGAGUUUGUGAAGCUGUUCCUGGAGCAGGGAGUGCGUCUCAAGGAGUUUGUCACCUGGGACACCCUGGUGUACCUCUACGACAACGUGGCGCCGUCCUGCCUGUUCCACAGCAAGCUCCAGAAGGUCCUGCUGGAGGAGAGAGAGCGCACAGGUGGCUCCAAAAUGCCCAGGAUCCAGCUGCACCACGUCUCCCAGGUGCUGCGGGAGCUGCUGGGCCCCUCCACACAGCCUCUCUACCCCAAGCCCAAGCACACGGAACGGCCCCGACUCUCCAUCCCCAUCCCACACAUCAAGCUGAACGUUCAGGGGUCAAGUCUUCGCUCCCUCUACAAGCGCUCUGCGGGCCGGGUCACCUUCACCACCGACCCAAUCCGGGACCUCCUCAUCUGGGCUGUGGUCCAGAACCGCAAGGAGCUGGCAGAGAUCAUCUGGGCCCAGAGCCAGGACUGCAUGGCAGCUGCCCUGGCCUGCAGCAAGAUCCUGAAGGAGCUGGCCAAGGAGGAGGAGGACACGGACACCAAGGAUGACAUGCUGGCCUUGGCUGAGCAGUAUGAGCACAAGGCCAUGGGAGUGUUCACAGAUUGCUACCGCAAGGAUGAGGAGAGAGCACAGAAGCUCCUCACCCGCGUUUCUGAGGCCUGGGGGAAGACAACCUGUCUACAGUUGGCACUGGAGGCCAAGAACAUGAAAUUUGUGUCCCACGGGGGUGUCCAGGCCUUCCUGACCAAAGUCUGGUGGGGGAAGAUGUGCGUGGACAACGGGCUCUGGCGGGUGAUCGCGUGCAUGCUGUGCUUCCCACUUCUCUACACCAGCCUCAUCGCCUUCAGGGAGAAGAGGCUGCAGCCCUUGGGCUGCCUGACGCGCCUCCGAGCCUUCUUCACCGCCCCCGUCGUCAUCUUCCACAUGAACAUCCUCUCUUACUUCACCUUCCUCCUCCUCUUCGCCUACGUCCUGAUGGUUGACUUCCAGCCAUUGCCAUCCUGGAGGGAAUAUCUCCUCUACUUCUGGCUCGUCUCCCUGGUGUGUGAGGAGAUCCGCCAGCUGUUGUAUGAUCCAGAUGGGUUUGGGAUGGUGAAAAUGGCUUCCCUGUACUUCAAGGACUUCUGGAACAAGCUGGAUAUCUGUGCUAUCCUGGUCUUUAUCACAGGGUUGACUUGCAGGCUGAUGCCAUCAACCCUCUAUCCCGGGCGCAUCAUUUUGUCCCUGGCUUUUAUCAUCUUCUGCCUGCGCCUGAUGCACAUCUUCACAGUCAGCAAGACCUUGGGGCCCAAGAUCAUCAUUGUGAAGCGCAUGAUGAAGGAUGUUUUCUUCUUCCUCUUCCUGCUGGCAGUGUGGGUGGUGUCCUUUGGGGUUGCCAAGCAGGCCAUCCUGAUCCACAACGAGGAACGUGUGGAGUGGCUUUUCCGUGGUGUGGUCUACCACUCCUACCUGACCAUCUUUGGGCAGAUUCCCUCCUACAUCGACGGGGUCAACUUCAACAUCGACCAGUGUAGCCCCAAUGGGACCGACCCCUACAAGCCCAAAUGCCCAGAGACAAAUGAGGACAGCAAGAAACCCAUCUUCCCGGAGUGGCUGACGGUCAUCUUACUGUGCCUGUACCUGCUCUUCACCAACAUCCUCCUCCUCAACCUCCUCAUCGCCAUGUUCAACUACACCUUUCAGCAGGUCCAGGAGCACACGGACCAGAUCUGGAAGUUCCAGCGGCACGACCUGAUCGAGGAGUACCACGGCCGCCCGCCCGCCCCGCCGCCCUUCAUCCUCCUCAACCACCUGCAGCUCCUGCUCCAGAGGGGCCUGCUCCGCAGACCCCCCGCCCGCCGCAAACAGCUGAAAGAGAAGCUGGAGAAGAAUGAAGAAGCUGCCCUCCUCUCCUGGGAGAUGUACCUGAAGGAGAGCUACCUGCAGCACCAGCAGUGCCAGGAGAAGCAGAACACGGAGCAGAAGAUCCGAGAGAUUGCGCAGAGGGUUGACGCGCUGGCAGAGCUGCUGGACUUCGACCGGGUGAAGAAGACGGGGCUGCUGGAGCAGAGACUGGUCUCUCUUGAAGACCAGGUGCACCAGAGCACCCAGGCUCUCAGGUGGAUAAUGCAGGCGCUGCAGGGCAGUGGCUUUGGCUCAGGAGAGGACAUGCCACCCCUGGGCUCCAGUAAAGCCUCGGAGACAAAGGAGGUGGACCUGGAGGGGAAACCUGAGGAGAGCCAGCCCUCCUACCACGUGCUCGCCCGAACCCUCCUCUACCCAGGGUCUCGCACUCUCCGCUUCCCUGUGCCAGACGAGAAGGUGCCCUGGGAGGUGGACUUCCCUCUCUACGACCCUCCCACCUACUCAGCUGACCACAAGGACAUGGCUGUGCAGGACCCGUUCAGCCCCUCCUUGGAGUCCCUCCUGAAGAUCAACUACAACACCAUGGAUGGGCCGAUUGACCGGCAGAGCUUCCAUGGCCUCUACACCGUGCAGGAUGGGCUGCCACUGAACCCCAUGGGCAGGACAGGGCUGAGAGGCCGGGGGAGACUUCACUGCUUUGGGCCCAACCAUGCCCUGCACCCUGUUGUGACCCGCUGGAGGAGGAAUUUGGAUGGGUCCAUCAUCAGGAAGAGCCUGAAGAAGAUGCUGGAAGUCCUAGUGGCCCAGUACCCGCUGUCGGAUGUCUGGGCUCUGCCUGGGGGGUCACUGGAGCCAGGGGAGACGCUGCCACUGAAGCUGAAGUGGAUCCUGCGCCGGGAGUUCUGGCCCCAGUUCCAGAACUUGCUGAAACAAGGCACUGAGAUACACAAGGGGUACCUGGACGACCCCCGCAACACGGACAAUGCCUGGGUGGAGACAGUGGCCAUCAACGUGCACUUUGACCACCAGAACGAUGUGGAAAUGAAGAGACUGAAUUCGUUCCUCCAGGGCUGUGACCCAGAGCUGUGCAUCCGCUGGCAGGUGCUGGACAAGAGGAUCCCCCUGCACACCAACCACAAGAAACUCCUGCAGAAGGUCUCAACCAUUCUUGGCACCUACUACUGAGUCCUCAAGCACAGACCCAAGGCUCCUGCUGCCACAGUUGAGGUUCUAGGGGCUUGGGGGGGAUGGGACCUGCAGCUCUACCACAGCUCACCUGUCAGAUCAUGGGCAACUACUGGAGACUAGGUACUUGAGCUGCCUCUCUGAACGUACACUGCAGGUGUCUGGGAGGAAAACUGUCCCCUUCCCAGCAGCAGGGGUCAGGGGCUGCCUGGGCAGUGCCCACACACUUGUCCUGGUCACCUGAGCCACCAAGCUCAGCCCCAGCUUGUCUCUCAGUGCUUCCACAGCACUAACCCAGGGCUUGGGCCAAGAAGAGCCAUGGGUCUGUUGCUGCAAGGUAUCCCUUCUCCCAGCUCCCACCUCCUCUUUGCUCUGGUGUGGGCACUGGAGACCCCCCCUCAGUCCCAGCUGGCCGCCCACCCAGGCUUUCCAUUGGGCCCUCCUGCUCCCCUGCUCCUGCUCUGAGCCCGGGCAGCCCUGCUGCCACAGCUCCCCAAAGACUGAUCUGGAGAAGGUUUGGGGAUCUUCUGCACCUACAGCUCCCAGCUGCUCCUGUGGCAGCUGUCCCUGUAUCUCCAGCUGCCUCAGACCCAACAACAUGGUCCUGAGCUCUUCUGAAGGUGUGAGCAGCUCUUGGCUUAUAUACCUGUGGUUCCUUUACUCUGCACAGGUCCACCCCCCCCUGUCCCCUUCUGUUACGUGACCCUGUGUGUCUGCUGAGCACCAUCUCACAGCUGAACUCCUUCCCUCUGUCUGAACCAAGGCAGCAGCCACGUCACCUGCCUGCCCCAUCCCCUCGUGCACGUGGGUGGAAAGGGGCAGCUUGCUGGGACCCAGGAGAUCCGUGCUCUGUGGUCCCUUGGGCAGGCAGGGACAGGACAGAGGACAUCAGCGUGUCCAUCCCAGACAUCUCUGCUCUUAAGGGGUCCUUCACUCCUCUUUUCUGUUGUCUGACAUGGGGAGAACAAGGCACAACGGAGACACUUCUUGAUAGCCCAGACAUCCCCAUGGGGGCACAUGAUGCCUAGGGCUGCUCAGGGAGCAGGAUUUCAUUUCCCCAGCCUCUCCCAAUGGAUCAGACACUGGCCAGCCACUGACACUGGUGGCCACCACAGCACAACUACAGUUCCAACAGCGAUGUGCAUUGGGGCUUGGCAAGGGGGGUGGUGGUGUCAGACUGGCAAUUUAAUCAACCUAGCUCAAUAAACCAUAUAUUAAAUAACUAACAGCUGA